AUGAUUAUCAGACUGAUAAUCUUUUUAUCAUUGAUUCAAUUUUCAUCUACUGAUCAAAUCUUAAGAGCAAAUAUUGGUCAAGAUGUAACAUUUUCUUGUUUUUUCGAAAAUGAAUCACAAAUUGAUCAACUUUCAUUUAUGCAUCAAACAACAGGUGAUAUAUUAUCAGUUGGUUUAGAAUUAUUUCUUGAUGAAUCAUUAACAACUAAUCAUAUGAAAUUAAUACGAUUAUCAUCAAAUCGUUUAGAUUUAAAAAUCUUUCAAGUUAAUCAAAAUGAUUCAGGUCUUUAUACCUGUAUGUUUAAUGAUGAAAAAUUAUCAUCAUAUUUACUUGAAAUAUUUAUUCCACCUCGAUUUAUUUCAUUUUUUCCAUUGGAAGCAAGUGUUUCAUAUCCUGAAGGUUCAUCAAUAAAUUUAUCUUGUCAUGCUUAUGCAUUUCCAUCAGUCAAUAUAACUUGGAUUUAUCGAAAUAAAGAUAAACAAUUAAAAACAAUUCAUAAUGGAGAAGAUAUUUAUAUCUCAUCACUUGAAUCAACGGAUAGUGGUUCAUAUGAAUGUAUUGCUUCAAAUGGAUAUCAUGCGACAAUUAGUCGUUCAUUCUAUGUCACUGUUCAAUAUCCACCACGUGUUAAAAUUGAUAAAUUUAUUGAUUUUAAUAUACGACCAAUUCAAAUAAAAUGUGAAAUAUGUUCAAUACCUUUAUCUCGUAUUGAAUGGUUUAGAAAUGGAAUAAAUAUUAUUAAUGAACAAUAUUUUAUUAUCAAAACAAAUGCAAUCAUUGUUGAUGAUAAAAAUUGUUUAUCCUCAAUAUUAAUUAUCCAUGAUUCUCCACAUGAAAAAUAUGGUCGAUAUGAAUGUCAAGCUGAAAAUUUUCUUGGUCAUUAUUCUGAUCAUAUUGAUUAUCAUUCAAAAAUAAUUCCACAUCCAAAAUCAGGAAAUGAACAAUUUGCUCUUCUAAUACUUUUAAAUAAUACAAAUGAAAUAUCAAGUAAAUAUUCUUCUUUUCUUUUUUUCAAAUAA